AUGGCGGAUCAGCCGAAUGCUCUGCGUGAUCCUACCUUGGCGGAAUUAUACACAGGUCCAGAGCGUGCGCUACCUGACGAGAUCCAACGACUCCCAACCGAAGACACAGCGUGCACGUUCUGUGGCGUCAGCUACUUUGUCUUCGCCGAGGUGCAGGCUCUGCAGACGACAGUCGAGCAGUACAAAAAGACCUUCCGAGAUUUCGUGCGGUUUAUGGAGCACGAGCGCUCAGUAGCGCGAGAUUUACGGCAGCAAGUAGCUGAAUUGAAAGGUAGUUUUGCAGAUCUAGUGGCAGCUUGUAGCGCUAGCAUUAAGCAGAUAUCAGAGCAAAGUGAAGCUCAUCGUACUGCCAAACAAAUGGUAUUGAAUCAGCUCCAGCAGCUUCAACAAGAAUUAAAAAAAUCCGAAGUUGCCCAACGAAAGUUUCAGAUACGCGAAGAAGAACAAAAGUUGGUGUACUCACUAGUCGAACAGAAACUACGCAAUGAGAUUUUGCACUUAUCGAGUCAGAUGGAGAGCUGCAAACUGCUAUCUGAGUCACAGCAAGCAGAUUUUAAGGAGGAGAAUGAUCGAGACCAGCAACGGAUUCGAGAACUUGAGUCCAAGAUCGCAGAGAGACAAGAGCAAUGGACAGUGGCAGAAAGGCAAAUUGUUACGGAGCGAGAUGCUCUGAAGCAGCAGCUUCUGGCUAUGAACGAGCGCGUGGAGCUGGAGUCGAGUACCGCAAGACAGCUGGAAGGACAGUUUACUGCUAUUCGAGAAGAACUUAGUCGAGUCGUGGCUGCUAGCGACACUGAGCGCAAGUCCAGCUCACAGAUGAACAGUGAGAUUAUCCAGCUGAAACAUCAGCUGCAAAACCUUGAGAGGACGAGAGCUCAGCUACUUGCUGAUAAUGGACGAUACAAGGACGACAAAUACAAACUGGAAGAUGAGAUUAAAGCUCUGCGUCUGCGUGCAGAUACAUUGCAAGGACAGCUAAGUGUGAGCACGACAUCUACUCAGAAGAUAAAGAGUGAGUAUACUCACGACUUAGAAAACUUACGACAAGAACAUGGAAGUGAAAUCUGUCGUCUUCAACGAGAGCACGUGCGAGCUAUCGAAGAUCAGAAAGAAAGUCAGAAUAAUUAUCUGGAAUGUUUGAAGAAGGAAUCUGCGCAACAUCAAGCUCGAGGAGAAGAAUCGUCACGUCACGCGCUUUUAGCAAUGCAGGACAGACGUCGAGCGAACGAGUAA